GUGCCGCCGCCGCUCCGCUCCCGACAUGGCCGCCCCGGCCGAGCCCUGCGGCCUCAGCGACGAGGCGGCCUUCGGCGCCUGCUCGGAGCCGGAUCCCGGCACGAAGGAUUUUCUGAUGCAGCAGACAAUGUUAAGAGUGAAGGAUCCUAAAAAGUCACUGGAUUUUUAUACAAGAGUUCUUGGAAUGACACUGCUUCAAAAAUUUGACUUUCCUGCUAUGAAGUUCUCACUCUAUUUCCUGGCAUAUGAAGAUAAAAAUGACAUCCCAAAAGAUAAAACUGAGAGAACAGCUUGGACGUUCUCUAGAAAAGCUACGCUUGAACUGACACACAACUGGGGCACUGAAAAUGAUGAAAAUCAAUCCUAUCACAAUGGCAAUUCAGAUCCCAGAGGAUUUGGACACAUUGGAAUUGCUGUCCCUGAUGUCAACAAAGCCUGUAAGAGGUUUGAAGAACUAGGGGUAAAAUUUGUGAAAAAACCAGAUGAUGGCAAAAUGAAAGGACUUGCAUUUGUUCAGGAUCCUGAUGGCUACUGGAUUGAGAUUUUGAAUCCUAACCACAUGGCGACUCUGACUUAGUUCUGAAAAAGUAUAUUGUAUAAGAGAUGCAAGCUUUCAGUCCCCUGGAGAAAUCUAUAACAGCAUUUGUGAAAUUCUCACUUAAUUGAGAAGAAUCAAUUGUGUUCAGAGUCUCCUCCAAACUGUCCCCAGGAACCUCAAUGAUCUUGAAUUCCGCUUUGUUGUGCUGUGAUGCUAGUUGUUGAAUCUUAGAUAUCAGAAGGGCUAUUUAUUUUGGUUCAUGAAUCCUUUUCUUGAGAGGAGACCUAGCUAUAAAAGAUGUGGACUGUGAACUGAGAGUAUCGUAGUGAAGAUGAAGCCCAUGCCUGUGAGACUUAAUUAGUGGAAUGUUGUAUUAAUUUAAUGGUAAUGCACAGUAAUAAUAACUGUGCCACAAUAAUUCCUGGGCUCAGAUAAGUGAAAAUGGAAAUGUAUGAACUAUUGCAUUUGCUUUCUAUUAUAUUCUUUUAAAAAUACCAGAAAACAGUGUUAAUAACAUAAAUUGAGUUUGCCAUACGUCUUUAUCUGAAGAAUUCUUCUUAGUUCUGUAUGCCUCAGCUUGACAAGAUAGUGCAUAUGAAUCCAGCAAUUCCAGAGAUCUCCACUUUAAGAAUCAUUCAUAAAACUGAAUCCAAGACAAUAUUUUUUACACUUGGAAACGAGUAAAAAUGGUGUGCUUGACACUGCCUGCAGCUGCUAAAGCAACCAUAAACUCAUGAGGAGUUUACACAGCAACUCAAAAGAUAAUCUUUCUUUUUUUUCUUUCUUUCUUGUUUUUUUUUUUUUUGGUUAUAUGAAACAAAUAUUUUAAAUUGUCCUUUAAAGGAUGUUUUCUAGAUGGUCUCUACUUAAGUGCAUACUGUGCUUUGGGUCAUGCUUUACUGGUGUCAUGUACUGCAGACUCUUUCUCCGACUUGGAUAUAUGCCAAGUUUGCUUUUUCUGCAACACUAAAUGCUGCUCCAUAUUUGCAUUCUCUGUUUUGCCCCUCCUGUACUUCCAGCCUAGCCUGCUCCCUGUCUUGUUCCUGCAAGGUUGAUUUGUUCUUCUGUACAUUAGGAUAUUUUGGGAGGGACAGUAUUGUUGUCUUCACUGUUUAAAGAGGGAUCUCCUGAGAAACUGAGCUAUCUUAAUAGCUGUCACCACAUGCUCUCACUGUCAUCUUCCUCUUAACUGUGGCACUCCUUCACUCUCCAACCCAGCCUCCCAGCAGGCUGAUUCAUUUUCCUGAACUGGUAAAGAUUUUCUUGAAUGCUGGGUUAGUUUUAUGCCAGUUUGUUAAGCAGAACAGGAGUCGGUUCAAGGCUCCUCAGUUUCCAGAACAACAAAUUAGGGCUGGCUCCCUUUAGCAGCAAUUUAGGUUGGUCUAGCUGACUCAUGAAACCUCACCUUACUCCAUUAAAAAAGGAUGCAGCAUUGGAAAGAACCUUGUGGCACCAAUUAGAGGGCUCUAGUGUUUGAAGAAUAUUGUAGCAUAGCUUUAGUAUGAUUUGUCUUCUGAAGUUUUGUAGCCAGUAGGAAAAGUGCCAAGAAGGGUAAGAGCUACAGCAGUGAGACAGAGCACUCAGCUGUUUGCAGCUUAUGUGCACUUUGAUGGCUAAACCGUGUUUUUACAUACAUCUCUUGCUUGUGUUCUGAAAUUGAAAUUUAAAAUGAAGUACAACUGAACUGAAACAAAAGUGCUAACUGCAGUUCCUCACCAUUCAGUAUCUUGCAUUAGAUUGUGUGCAUAGGGAAGUUCUUUAGACUAAUACUGGUCUAAGUAAAGUUGCCUAAAAUUAGUUUAUUUUUUAUUUCAACACUUACGAAUAUUUAAUCUGAAGAGUUUCAUAAACAAAAUCUUGGCAAGGAAAUGCCUAUAAGCAUCUAACUUCAGGAGGACAGAUCGUGUUUAAUCUACAUUGUUCUUUUACAAAAGUUCAUCAAGACUUGUUUCACUAAGCUUCAAAGUACAGGUGUGACUGGAAAUGCUACUGACACGAUUGUGUGGAAUCCGGUAAUUAAGGGAGGGAUGGCUCAUGAGCUGGGUGAGAGUCAGAGGGCAUGCGUGAGUAGUUGGGUGGAUAAAAGGCAGUAGUCUGCUUGCAAAGUUCUCUGCUUUUGAAAUAAAACUUACUCUGAACAUGUUCACUAA